AUGAUCUAUCUAUCUAUCUAUCUAUCUAUCUAUCUAUCUAUCUAUCUAUCUAUAUUUAUCACCAUAACUUUCAACAGUCCCCGAAUACAACCUCUCCACCCGGCACAACCUGCAACAUCUCGAUCCCCGUCCACAGCUUGCUGCUUCUUCGUGCACUUUCCCCUCACCAGGAGGAAAUACAUUACUAUUAUGCUUACAUUCCUACCUGAUGUCUCACAUAUAUGCAGAACGGGCUGCGUCUUCUCCACCCCUAGACACUUCAGUCGACAUUCUAUGGCUAUAGUACCGCUGCUCGAACACGUACAGUAUAAAUCUAAUGUUGACCCUAUCUUGUUUCAUCUAUCUAUCUAUCUAUCUAUCUAUCUAUCUAUCUAUCUAUCUAUCUAUCUCAUUCUGUUCAUCACUAAUUGUGUAUGUCUGUCUAUAUCGCUAGCUAAUUUUGUUCAUCUAUCAAAUUCUGUCGAUCUACCUAAUUUUGUUUAUCUAUCUAUCUAUCUAUCUAUCUAUCUAUCUAUCUAUCUAUCUAUCUAUCUAUCUAAUUUUGUUCAUCUAUCAAACUCUAUCUAUCUAAUUUUUUCUUUUAAAUUCCAUCUACUUUUGUUCUUCUAUCUAUCUAUAUAA